UUGCACUCAUUACUUCACUUCAGUUGACUCUCUCUCUAACCCCUACGCGCCAAUUUUCUCUCUCUAAAAAAAAUGUCAUCUCCGUAUUCUCACCGCCGGCGAUCCAGCUCCGAUUACCGGAGCACUCCGGGACGCGUUCCUCACUCCCCCUUAUACCCCUCUUCCGAACUCAGCACCUCCACCACAUCCUCUGGCCGCCAGAACCCCCUCGCCGGCGCCGCCAGGUCCUUCGCCGGAAUGUUUUCCGCUUGCUUCACGCCGCCGGAGUCCAAUAGCUCCAAGAGUCUUGAGGAUUCCGUGGAAUUCAAGUCUUCAUCUAGUAAUACUAACAGGGCUGGUAGUCAAAGAGGGCGUGGCUCAAAUCUAGGUAUCGGCAUCAGUUCACAGAACUCAAUCCGGGGGAAGGAACCUGGCAUUGUGAAAUUCACCAUGGAGGAAAUUUUACAAGUCACAAGAAACUUCUCCCCUUCUUUCAAGAUUGGUCAAGGUGGCUUUGGGGCAGUUUACAAGGCCAAACUCCUAGAUGGAUCUGUUGUUGCAGUAAAACGUGCCAAGAAGAUUGUGUAUGAGAAACAUUUGGGGGUAGAGUUCCAGAGCGAGAUCCAAACACUAUCACGGGUGGAACAUUUGAACUUGGUCAAAUUCUAUGGAUACUUGGAGCAAGGGGAUGAAAGGAUUAUUAUUGUGGAGUAUGUUCCAAAUGGAACCCUUAGAGAACAUUUAGAUUGCAUUCAUGGAAACAUUCUGCACCUCGCUGCUCGUCUAGACAUCGCAAUUGAUGUGUCUCAUGCUAUCACUUAUCUUCAUAUGUAUAUAGAUCAUCCUAUCAUUCAUAGGGACAUAAAAUCUUCCAACAUUCUCCUCACGGAAAACUUGCGAGCUAAGGUAGCAGACUUUGGUUUUGCUAGACAAGCAGCUGAUAGUGAUUCUGGCAUGACUCAUAUUUCUACCCAAGUUAAAGGAACAGCUGGAUACUUGGACCCUGAAUACCUGAAAACUUAUCAACUAACUGAGAAGAGUGAUGUGUAUUCAUUUGGAGUUUUGCUUGUUGAACUUGUCACAGGAAGACGCCCCAUUGAACCAAAAUUUGAACUCAGGGAGAGAAUAACGGCAAAAUGGGCCAUGAAGAAGUUUAUUGAGGGAGGUGCUAUAUCAGUGUUGGACCCAAGACUGGAUCAUAGUGAUGCAAAUAAUUUAGCACUAGAAAAGGUACUUGAAUUAGCAUUACAAUGUUUGGCUCCUCGUAGACAAAGUAGGCCAAAUAUGAAGAGAUGUGCUGAGAUCCUUUGGGCCAUCCGCAAGGACUACAGAGAGCUAUCAGCUUCAAAUUUUCGCUCAUAUUCCACUUCUUCCCAAAGGAGUUCCUCAUUGAAAGAAUGAGAAGGCUAAAGUUCCAACAUUUGCAUUAAAGAAUGUGAGUUUGGACAAAUCAUAGCCAAAAAGAAAUAAACUCAAGUACAGUUUACUGGAUAUUUUUGGUAAUUUUUUCAAUCACAUUAGAGUUUUAUCUUGGUAACAUGUGAUAAUCUUAAAUAUCAGCUUUCAUGGAGCAAAUUAUUGAAGUAAAGCUUUGAUUUUAAUUGAAAAAUGAUACCAAAAAUAUAUAAGGAACUGACUUAGGUUUGACAUAUGGGAUGGCUGAUGUUGGACUAGGGGUGGCAAUUAGAAAAUCAUAUUUUGUGGAUUUGUACAUGAGAGUUUUGGCUUGUGUAUAGCAAUGGGAAAAAACAUUUACCUUAAAAAUGAGUGUGCUUUCCUUAAUUGUCCGUUUCUUUUUGUUCAUGUGACAUACU